AUAUCACCUUUGAAAGAAAUAGAACUUAUUAGAAAUUCAAACAGAAAAUCUUAGCGUCACAUUGUCUUUGUGUUGGGCAAGUUGAGAUGAGAGUCGGUUUAAAGAACCCCAAAACCACGCAAAAAGUUUUAAAGUUUGUCAUUUGAUAGAUGUCUGCCGAAGAGAAAACAUGAAGUUUUUUCUCUCCGUUCUGAAAACAUGUUUUAAACUCUGAGCAAAGCCUGCUGGUAAGAGAAAUCAACGCUUUAUUACGCAUUCGAGAAGACUUGCCGUAGUCGUGAAAGAUAGAAACAAGGUAAUGUGAAAAGGCCGACAUUCGAAGAAACUUUUAUCGAAGACAUCGGUUGAAGAAGACAAGAGAGCCGGUGCAAAUCAAGAAAAUUGCCAUAAAACAUGCCACAGUUUAAAAGGCACAAGAGAUUAAAACGUAAAUCUUCCAAACCAAGGCUUGGUGUUCGUUAUCUUCACAAACACUUGUUCGAAGAUGACCCGACUAGCGAGGAAGAUCUCGCGGCCGACGAUAAAUAUCAAUUAUUACCGCAAAAGACAGAUGGCCGUUUGUGUCUCGUCCGCGUCAUAUCCGCCUCCAUGAUUGUUGCUGGCCUUGUGAUAGCUUUGGUCGGCGGAUUGGUGAGAAGACGAGAGGUCGAUUAUCUCGUACACAAUGGCGGCCCGGAAGAGCCAGUCGGAGAUGCAAUCCAGUACAAUUCAAUGCUGGAUGCUCUUGUUCUCGUAGGGAGUAUUUUCAUGAUGUUAGGGGGAGUCAUGUUCGCCGCAGUGCAAAUCCUCAUAUGUUAUCCGCGCAUGAAAUCCGGGACUCGCAAACCCCGGGUAAAAGACCCGGAGAGCUUUUUGUACCCGGAAAAAAGCGGAAACGACAAUACCGUUAAAAAAUUCGACAAAGUACCGGUGUUUGCUCUUGUCCAUAAAAUUCAACCGAAAAAGAAGGACGGUGGCUCGCUUGAUAAGGAAAGAAUGAACAUCGACGGAAAAAAACACAAAUAUGAAAAUUGCAUAGACGAAGAAAAGGAACAGGAUGAGAUUAAAUGAUAACAUUGUGAAAAAUGUAUAUUUUUGAAUUAAUUUAAAUGACGCAAAUAGAUUACCAAAAAAUUUUGCUGCUAAU